AGCCUUGCCACCUCUAUUGCAUGCCAUCUUGUUCAUUUCUCCCAUUUACUUCUCUUCCUCUCCUACUCUAUAUUCUCUCUCGAAAACCAAUACCCAAACGGAACCUCACACCAAGAACAAGAACCAAACCGAAACGCAUACACUGUGAUAUCAAAGCACAGAUAUAUAUAUCUCUAGAUAUAUACAUCAAAGGCCUUCAUCCAUGGCUGUUGAAGCUCGUCACCUCAAUCUCUUCCAUUCUCAACUCAUUGGCAACAGAGAAAUGAUGAACCCAAUUGAAGCAACCACAAAUAUGUACAACUCCCAGAUGGGAUAUCACGGAGGGCUUCCUCUACCGACUGAGACUCUCCUUCCGGUCUACAAUCCCAUGUACAACGAUUCUGUUCCUCCGCCCAAGACGGCCAAGAAAUCCGAUAGCGGUCUUACUUACAACAUCCCAACGACGACGACGACGUCGUUCUCGAGAAAACGCUCCAGAGACUCAUCUGCCGCCAUUAACAACAACCCUUUAUUCCUCUCUUUUCCCGCUACUACGGCCACAACUACUCAACCAAUUCAUUACAAGAACUCCACUUCUCCGUUUUCGUUCCUCGGGGAAGACUUGUCCUAUCAAAUCCAGCAACAGCAAUUCGACCUGGACCGUCUUAUUUCUCAACAUAUGGAAAAAGUAAGGAUGGAAGUUGAUGAAAGGAGGAAGAAGCAAGCUCGGAAAAUAAUGGAGGCAAUAGAGAUAGGGAUGAUGAAGAGGCUGAGAGCCAAAGAAGAAGAGAUUGAAAAGAUUGGGAAGUUGAAUUGGGCUUUAGAAGAAAGAGUCAAGACAUUAUGCGUAGAGAACCAAAUAUGGCGAGACCUCGCGCAGAGCAACGAAGCCACAGCCAAUGCCCUAAGAACCGAUCUCGAACAAGUACUGGCACAAGUCAAGGGCGAUCACCGCACUCGCGGCGUGGGAACAGGAUUACUAGCAGAUGACGUAGACAUCGACAACGAAAACGACGACGUUCAACCCAACACAUUGGCUGCCGCACUUGCAGACGAUGCCCAAUCGUGCUGCGGCGAAAACGACGACGUAGUGGUGGUAACGACGGGAGAGUGGCGCAGUACUUUAUCGCCAAUGAGAAACGACGUCGUGACGAGGAAUAACAAUAAUGAUGUCGUUGAUUUGGAAACGACAAGCAACGUGAGAUGUACAACUAUUAAUAAUGGUGGCAGUACAAGCAAUAACAUCAACAGGCUGUGCAGGAAUUGUGGGAAGGAAGAGUCAUGCGUGUUGCUUUUGCCUUGUAGGCAUCUCUGUCUUUGCACUGUGUGCGGUUCUUCUCUACACACUUGCCCUAUCUGUAAAUCAACCAAGAACGCUAGUGUCCAUGUUAACAUGUCCUAAUACCAACAACAUCAACAAUUAUUUCAUUUCACACCCUUGAAACAAAAACACAUAACACCAAAAUUUUCAUCAAUACAAUAUUUUGGUUUCUUUUCCAA